AUGUUCGGGUAUUCUGGAUUCUGCGGUGGUAAGGCUGGGCAGAAGAUCCAGAUUAAUCCUGCUUGGUGGGUGCAGUACGAGCUGCAAAACACCACCGCUGCCAGAACUGCCCUGGCACCAGUUUCGAUAUUUUCCGUCUAUUGCUGCCCGCAGCGAUUCUUACGCUUGGCCAUUACCAACUUUCGGUUCUUUCGGAGGGGACAUGUCGACGGCCAUGCCAAGGUUGCAGUGCCCAGCUGCCCAGCCCCGAACGUGACAACGAAGUCUGAAGAAGGAGAAACCAAGGAAGAGAAGCAGGAGCCCCUUGUGCAGGCUCUUGUAUUGGACGAUCCAGCCACGGACACGGAGGAUGACUAUUGGCUUCACCCGUGCCAUUGCCUUCCUCACGCAUGGGGCGCCAACCCACCAGCAGCUGGUGAUACUCUGGCAGCCAUUCCCAGCGGAAGCAAUAACGAGUUUGAUCCACCUCCCCAGAUGAUCGUCUCCUCCUCAGACAACAUUAGCACUUGA